UACUAUACUCGCUAACGUAAGCUCGAUUCAUCGUGUAGUUAACGUUACGAUAGCGAAUUACCUUGGAGUGACGUGCCUAACUUCACAGCAAAGAAAGCUAUCUCUUUUUGACUAUACUGAAACGACAGAGUAGGACGAUAUUGGGCAAAAAGCUAAGUAUCCAAGCAUUCGUUUAAAAAAUAUAAACAUAACCGUGCUAAUUUAAAGCGUCAUGGCACAGUAUUAUUAUGUAAAGUGUUAGUGGGGGUCUUGUAUUUGUGUUGGUUACUUUGUCAAUGUGACAGUUCUCUACUUAAGUUUGAGUCGACUGGCAUGACGUAAAUUGUGUUACUGUGUAUAAAAAAAAGUGCCUAGCGCCGCUAAAGAAGUUUUCACUUCAAAAUUAACUGAUUUGCAAGACCGAAGUGAUCCCAUAAGUGUUCCGUAAACAAAGUUUUGUACGGAACACUAAAAAAUGCGUACUAGUACGUCGCAAUUUCAACUUCUUGUUGACUACAUGGAAAAGCAUGGUGACCUUAGCAAACCCAGCGAUGGGCCACAUGGGAAGGAGCUCAAUACCCGACGGUGGGCCGAGCUGACACAACUUUUAAACGCGGAUGCGACAGGCGUCACCAAAAAUACGGAUAAGUGGAGAAAGGUGUGGAGUGACCUGAAGAACAAUACAAAGAAAAAGGCUGCUCGAAUAUUCAGAGCUGGAGCAGGAACUGGUGGUGGUCCUGCUUGUAAAAUAAAAUUAAGCGACCUAGAGCAGAGGGUGCUGUCUAUAACAGGGACACGGGCAGCUACAGGCAUUGUAGAAAUUCCGGAGGUUGGCCUGGAGGUAGGGUAA